AUGGCCACCCGAUCCAACUUCUAUGAUAUCCCUGGAUCCCAUGUGCCGCAUAACCACAAUGAGUCUACCCCAUUAUUAGCAAAGCGCCGUCGGGAUUCGUCGUAUUUUAGACGUUCAUCAACUGGAGCUUGGUCUCAUGAGCAACAACAACAAAAUGAUCAAUCCAGUGCUGUUAUCGAGGAUGAUAAAGAAGAUGCUGUCAAUUCACACAAGCUAGGUACAUUUGAUGGUGUCUUUGUGCCCACAGCUCUCAAUGUGCUCUCUAUUUUGAUGUUUUUAAGAUUUGGUUUUAUUAUUGGACAGAUGGGUAUUUUAGGCUCUUUUCUACUAUUAUUUAUGUCGUAUUUUAUUGAUUUGAUGACAACUUUAUCCAUUUCUGCAAUUUCUACAAAUGGUACAGUUAGAGGUGGUGGUGCAUAUUAUAUGGUGUCAAGAUCAUUAGGUCCAGAAUUUGGUGGCUCAAUUGGAUUGGUUUUCUAUAUUGGACAGGUUUUAAAUUCAGGUUUAAAUGUUGUGGGUUUUAUUGAACCGCUACUUUUGAAUUUGGGACAAACAGACGGGAUGAUGUUUCACCUGUUCCCUGAAGGUUAUUGGUGGCAGUUUCUAUACUCUUCAAUCCUGUUAUUCUUGUGUAUCUGUGUUGCGUUUGUUGGAUCGCAAUUAGUAUCAAAAGCUGGUUUUUUGUUAUUUUUUUUGUUAUUAGCAGCAACUAUUUCUGUUCCAAUAUCAACCUUAUUUGUCAAACCGUUUGAUGUUCCUGAGUUGGACUCGUUCUACACUGGAUUAUCAUGGACUACCUUGAAGGGAAAUCUAUAUCCACAUUUCACAAAAGGUGCUGCAGGUUCAUUAUUAAAGGGUAAAGAAACUUUCAAUGAUCUUUUUGGGAUCUUCUUCCCUGCAACAGCUGGGAUUUUUGCAGGUGCUAGUAUGUCUGGUGAUUUGAGAAAACCUUCAAAAUCAAUCCCAAAAGGUACAUUAUGGGGUUUGUUAUUGACAUUUAUUUGUUAUGGCCUAGUGAUUCUAUCAUUAGGUGCUUCAGUUCCAAGAGAUUUAUUACAUAAAGAUCUUCAGAUCAUUCAAACUGUUAACCUUUCAGGCUAUUUAGUGUUAUUGGGUGAGUUUUCAACAUCCUUGUUUUCAGUCAUUGUGGGUAUUGUUGGUGCCGCAAACGUUCUGCAAGCCAUUGCUAAGGAUUCAAUUCUUCCAGGUCUUUCCUUGUUCAGCAAGCAGGAUCCAAAGAAUGGUAACCCAAAUAAUGCUAUCUUGUUCACCUGGUUGUUGACUCAAUUGUGUUUGUUUGCUAAUGUCAACCAAAUUGCAACAUAUAUCACAAUGGCCUUUUUAAUGACAUUCAUAGUCACUAAUCUAGCUUGUUUCUUGCUAAAAAUUGCUUCUGCUCCAAACUUUAGACCUUCAUUCAGAUUCUUUGACUGGCAUACAGCUUUUGUUGGUGGUAUUGCCUGUGCGGUUGCUAUGUUCAUUGUCGAUGGUAUAUCAGCUUCAAUUGUUGUUAUUUUUUUGAUAGCAUUGUUCCUGUUUAUUCAUUACAUUUGUCCUCCAAAACCUUGGGGUGAUGUUUCUCAGAGUUUGAUUUAUCAUCAAGUUAGAAAAUAUUUGCUACGGCUUAGACAAGAUAAUGUGAAGUACUGGAGACCACAGAUAUUACUUUUGGUAGAUAGUCCAAGAAGCUCAUGGAACUUGAUCCAUUUUUGUAACAAUUUGAAGAAAGGUGGUCUUUAUAUAUUAGGACAUGUUAUCGUGAGCGAAAGCUUCCAAACAAACUUUGCUGAAUUUAGAACACAACAGAACGCAUGGAUCAAAUUGAGAGAUCUCAGUAAGAUCAAGGCAUUUGUCCAAAUUGGGUUGGGCCCUACAUUACCAUGGGGUGUUAGAAAUGUUUUCUUGGGGUCGGGUCUAGGUGGUAUGAAACCAAAUAUCACUGUUCUUGGAUACUUUGAUUUAGCAAAGCAUUACUCUAAGAACGACAAACAUGUUAGACCACAAAUUAAUAAGAGACAACCAAGUCAGCAUGCUGUUAACAUCCAAAGUCUUCCGACUGAUGAGUGCCGUAAUGAAAAGAGAGUUUCCAUUCAAAAUUGGGUCCAGAUUAUUGAAGAUUUGAUAUUGAUGCAGGCAAACGUUGCUGUUGCUAAAGGUUUUGACGACCUGAAGAUGCCAACAGGGAAGCAACAUCGGUUAAGUUACGAGGAUAGAGAGUUUAUUGAUUUAUACCCAAUUCAAAUGACUGCUGAAGUGUUUGAUAAGAAUGGUGAAAAAUCAGCACUCACUACAAAUUUUGAUACUUACACAUUGAUUUUACAAUUGGGUGCAAUCUUGACUACUGUUCCAAAUUGGAAGAAAACACACAGACUAAGAAUAGUUGUAUUUGUUGAGGAUAAGACAGAUAUUCCAAAUGAAAGACAAAGAGUUAGAUCUUUGAUUGAAGUUUUGAGAAUAAGAGCUGAAAUUUUGGUUGUUUGUCUCGGCGACUUUAAGAACUAUAAUACUAUAGUUAAAGGUGGUGAUGCUAAUAUGGAACAAAUCGACAUGAUCCUAAAGGGUGAAGAUUGGUGGACUGAGUUGAAAGAAGCUAGAGAAAAUGAGUCGCGUCGUACCACUAACGUCAAUAUUCCAUCUAUAUCCAUUGCAGCACCAUAUGUCAUUGAUGGUUUGCAAAGUAAAAAGUACAAGUUAUCAAAAUUACAGAAGAUGGGUCUUUCUUUUAGUAUGACAACCAACAAAUUGAUUAAUGAGGAUAUCUAUAGAGCAGCAGCUGAUUAUGAUUCCGAUGGACAAGUUGAUCAAACCAAGAACUCUGAGAGAGUACCAUCGUCUUCGGCGUCUUCUUUAAAUAUUGCAUUACAGUCUGCUAAAAAGAACAAAAGGCCAAACUUCUCUUCAGAAAAGAUUCCGAGAUCUAAAGUUAUUGAUGAUGCUACAGGUGAUGAACCAUCUAUCGUUUUGGUUCCUGAAGAGAGACAAAAGAAGAAUAAAUACCAUCCAGUCUCCCCAAAGUCUGACCCUUCUCAAGAAAGUGAUGAUUCUUUUGAUAUUAAUAACCUUUCAUUUAAUGAUUUACCAGCAAAAGCUCAACACUUGAUUUUAAAUGACAUGAUGAAAACUGUCUCCAAAAAUGUUCCGGUUAUCUUUUCAACCUUACCAGCCCCAGUUAUUGGUACGCAUUACAAUGAAGAAGACUGCAAGGAAUACUUGGAUAAUUUACAAGUUUGGUGUGAUGAUUUACCACCUAUCUUCUUGAUAAAUUCCCAAUCUAUGACCGUUACAACUGCAUUAUGA